AUGGGUGGUGUUCGGCAGCAGCUCAUGGCCGCCGUCCUCGUGGCGGUGGCGCUGAUGGCCACGGCGGCGGAGGGGUACAUCACUCAGAAGACGUGGGGCGCCAUCCGCCGGGCGAACCGCGCCGGGCCGUUCGUCGGCCUCGUCGUGCCCAACACAUACGAGAUGGUCCCCGUGCUCGAGUCGCCCAGCUUCGUGGCCAGCAAGAGCAUCCCUAACAUGGACAUCCAAGGGCGAAGGUUUCGCUUCGGAACCAUCGAAGGCCAAAGCGUCGUCAUGGUCAUGACUGGACUGAGCAUGCUCAACGCUGGUCUGACCACCCAGAUGCUGCUGAGCCUGUUCCGGGUGAAGGGCAUCGUCCACUGGGGCAUCGCUGGCAACGCCAACGAGGACCUCCAGAUCGGCGACGUCACCAUCCCCGAAUACUGGGCCCACGUCUCCCUCUGGAACUGGCAGGGCAUGGAGCUGCCGGCGUGCGUGAACGCGACGACGUGCCUGCCCCGCGCGCCGCGGGUCACCCGGGUCAGCAAGGGCUGCAGCGCCAACGUGUUCCUGGACAACGCCGAGUACCGCCAGUUCCUCCGCAAGCAGUUCGGGUGCACCCCCGUGGAGAUGGAGAGCGCCGCCGUGGCCCUCGUGGCGCACACGCAGGGGGUGCCGUUCCUCACCAUCCGCUCGCUCUCCGACCUGGCCGGGGGAGGCUCCGCGCUCGGGAACGAGGCCAGCACCUUCCUCGACAUCGCCGCGCAGAACGCCGUCACCGUCAUGCUCAAGUUCGUGCCGCUGCUCGGCAAGAGCGGCAGCGAGAUGGACGACGGCGCGGCCGCUGACAUGUGA